ACUGUAGGUGCGUACGUAGCUCGGUCUCACUUUGUUCCGCGACGACAUUAGCCAGUGCAAAGGGCUUAAAUUUUGAGGGGAGCCAUGCCGAGACUCAGACAGCGGAUUGUUUAUUGCGAUUGCUUCGAUUGCGCGGACCGGCCCGCCGAGUCCACGCUCACGCCCGAGCAGCUCGAUGCAGCCACUGCGGUAGCUCGUCAAGAACCCCCACCGAAGGCAUUGCUGAUAUUUGUGACCGGGAUGCUGCUCGCGGCCGACGGCAGCACAAACCUGGACGUGCACACGCUCCCCCACUGCAACCUUCUGGUCCGCGAGGGCAACCUCGGCCUCCUGGCGACACGGGGAGGCGGCGACCACAGCGCAGCGGGCCUCACCCCCGCCAUCUCGGAGCUGUCGCAGCUGCUUGGGGUGUACCCGGAAGUGGCGCGGCAGCCGCCCACCGCGGCGGAGGACCAGGAGGCGGUGGAGGCGGAAGCCGGCAGCUCCAGCCUGCCCAGCCUGGCAUCCAGGUACAAGGGCAUGCAGGCGGCGCUGGCGUCCACCAGCGCGCCCGCCCGCGCCCUGGCCCGGCGCCUGGGCAUGGCCGUGCCGCAGCGCCUGUGCCUGGGGCGGAGCGCAGCAGCGGAAGUAGGGGCAGGGGCAGGCGCAGCGGGCGGGCAUGAGGCGACGGCGGCCAAGAGGCCUGCGCCGCUUGCGCUGCCGGAGGCGGUGCCGUUCGCGGCGGCCAUGGCAGAGGAGCUGGGCGCGGCGGAGGGCAGCAGCGGCCGCGACCUGUUGCUGCUGCAUGUCGACCUGGAAGACCUGGUGGCGGCGGCGGCGGAAGGGGCAGGGACAGAAGCAGGGGCAGCGGCAGGGGCGGGUGGCGAUGCCGGUGCGGCGGCGGAGGCGCGCUGGGAGGCUGCAGGCGAGGCGCUGGAGUGGCUGGACGCGCUGGUGAAGGCGUUGCUGGGGAUCAGAGAGAUUCGGGAGCGCACACUGCUGACCCUGGUGGUCAGUCCCUCAGGCCGGCCCAUGCCCGCCGCCGCCGCAGCGGGACAGCAGCUCGCAUCCUCCGCCACCGCCGCGCCGCCAGCCGCGCUGCUGCUACCUGGCGGCGCCGCUGCGCCGCCCAUCGACCCCGCCGCCGCCGUGCUCACGCCGCACAACCCGGCCCAGCUCGGCCGCAGCGCUGGCGCGGCGCUGGCGGCCGCCGCCGCCUCCGUCAGCGCCGCCGCCGCCGCCGCCUCCGGCGCCAACACCGCCGCCGGCGGCCUGGCCAUCCUGGACGCCACGCUCGACUCCGACGUCGCCGCCGGCGGACUGGGCAGCGGCGCAGCCGCUGCCUCUGCCGCCCGCGACGCUGCCUCCUUCCCGCUCGUGUCCCGCCCGCUUCAGAGCUUUGAGUUUCUGGGUCUGGAGCGUCUGACGGGGCCCGGCGGUUGUGGCGUGGAUCUGGCGGCGCCGCUGCUGGUGGUGCGGCGGCUGCCGGGGGUGGUGCGGCGGGACCGGGCCGAGCGGCUGAGCUACCGCGACGCGCUGGCGGCGGGCGGGCUGGGGUGCGUGCAGCUGGAGAGGCUGCUGCCGGAGGUGGCUUACAAGGUGGCGCGCGCGCCCAAGUACGGGGCGUAGGCCGUAAGGGGUCAUGGUUACGGGUGAUGGCUGCGGGUGGUGAGUGCGCGUGGUGAGUGCGGGUGAUGCAGCGGGUGACGGGAUGGGUGUGAACUGUGAAGGGUGAUGGGGCGCUGUCAUAGGGUGUGUGAAGGGAUGGCGCGCGGAUGUGUUGGCAGAUGAGGCACUAGGCGGAGUGCAAGCUUGUAGGCGGAGGCUAGGAAGGACGGGGACGCAGGCUUGUGAAGGGGAUCCGCGCAGGGAUGACCGGCAGGCUACGGCGCAGGGCUCGUAGCAACACGGGCGGUGUAGGGUGACGGGUGACCACCUGGUCGGAUGAGGCGUACCAGAGUCAAGUUUGUAGUCGCGGCGGUAUGUGAACCCUGAUAUUUUGAAACAAGCAAAAUCGAGCGUAAAUCAUGUCUAUGAAUUUGAUAUC